AUGUCUUUUACAAAAUCCAAAAAUGACAAAAAAAGCAAAGUCGAAAAAGGCAAGACACCCUAUUUACCCAUAAAAAAACAACAUAAUGACAAGCUAACUACAGAUAAAAAUCAUGAAAUUAUAGUAGAAAAAAGUAAAAAUGAGAUUGAUGAUAUUUUCGCGACUGUAAAGAGUAAAAAAGUGUCGACGAAUUUUCAACCUCAAAAAUCACAAGAACCGACUUCCCCAACGGUAUCAUCAUCGUCUUCUUCCUCCAUGAACAAAAAAAAAGUAGAUGAAUUUAUUUUUAAAGUUCCCGCAAUUCCUAGUAAAUCGCAAUGUACCAAACGAAAGUUAAAAUUGAAUGACGAUGACGGAUUUAGCGAUUCCCGAGGGACAAAAAACCGAAGAAUUACGGAAGAUGGACUGCCAAUCUUUGACAUUAAAGAAUUGAAUAUCGGUCGAGGAGAAGAUACACAAUUAUGCCCAUUUGAUUGUAAUUGCUGUGAGUAA